UACCAGAACACAAUGAUGCCAGGGCGGUCUCUACAAAGUUUGGGUGUAUCACUAUCGCAGUAUCUAACAUUUCUUGAAGUGAAGGUAUGGGUUACCAGAUGCUAUAGCAAUAGCACACUCGAACUUCAGGGACACCCUGAUGUCAUCCAGAACACCUAUUUUGUUAUUUUGUUCUUUGAUAUUA